AUGCCCGCCAAGGAACUGUCCGAUCGCUGCAUGAACUGCCAUGAGGCAGACCCCGUCUUCACUCUGAGAAGUCGCCAGGUGUGCCAAGACUGUUACGUUCGCUUCGUCGCCUUCAAGUCCUUCAAGCGCAUGGAGAACUAUCGUCUGCGGAAGGGAAUGCCGAAGACCGGUCCCUGCAAACUGCUGCUCCCGCUCUCCUACGGCGUCUCGUCCACCGUCCUACUGCAUAUGCUCCAUCAGCAGCUCGAGGUGCUGCAUUCCAAGUCACACGGCCCCGCCGGCUUCGAGGUGCUCGUCCUUGUCGUCGACCCGUCCACGAUCUCCGCCACGCCUCUGCCGGAUGAUGCCUUUGAUCGCGUUCAAAAGACCUUCCCGCUCUGCUCUUUCACCCAACUCCCUUUCCACAGCAUCUUCGCGCUGGAUCCCGACGUGAACGAAAUCAUGGCGCAAUAUGCGCGGGAGGGCUUUACGGACGCUACGGGAAAGUCCGAUGAGGAACGACUCGCGUCGUUCCGGGCGUCAAUCUCAACCGCUACUUCCAAGACCGACGUCGACCGCAUUCUCUUGAACCGCUUCAUUGUCGCUUUCGCCAAGAAGAUGGAGUGUCGCGGCAUAGUGUGGGGCGACUCGGACAGCAAGCUCGCCGCAAAGACCCUGGCCAACGUGGCGAAGGGACGUGGCUCUGCGGUGACCUGGCAGGUGUGCGACGGCAUGUCUCCUUUCGGUCUGGAAUACAACUUUCCGCUCCGGGACCUGUUCACGGUGGAGGUGCGCACCUACGCCGGUCUCUUCCCGGAACUGGAGGCAAUCAUCGUGCAUGACACGCCCCCCUCGGAGAACGUGCUGACGAAAAACCUGUCGAUUGACGAGUUGAUGAUCCGUUAUGUCAGCACGCAAGGGGAGAAAUAUCCCGGCGUCAUGUUGAACGUCACGAGAACGGCCAGCAAGCUCCAAUCGUCCGCCACGUCUGCCGUUGGCCCCCAGUGCGCCUUCUGCGGUGCUUUCACCCCUACGACCAGCGUGGGCACCUCCAACGGGGCGGCUGAGGAAGAGCAGCCGAGCGACAAUCUAUCGCCUCAGUUUUGCUACGCUUGUGCCAGAUCCCGGCCCGAUGUGAGCUGCUGA